AUGCCUCCAAAGGCUGCCAAGCAAGCUCCUCCACUCUACGAAGUCAGCGAACGAGUUCUCUGCUUCCACGGGCCUCUCUUGUACGAAGCUAAGGUUCUCGAGAUCAAGAAUCCUGGCGAGCCUGGUGCUAGCUACAGCUACAAGGUUCACUACAAAGGAUGGAAGUCGAGCUGGGACGAAUGGGUUCCUCAGGACCGUGUUCUUGGAUGGAAUGAUGAGAACCUUCAGAAGCAAAAGGAGCUACGGGAUGAGCAUAAUCCCAAGAAGAAGGUUGAGAAGGACAAGAAGCCAGCUCAUACUGAAGAACCCGUUGUCCCGACUGUUCGAGGCCAGAAGCGUGCCCGAGAAAUGGACAUGGAUAAGGUAUCUUACCAUUUCUCUUCUCACAAAAGAAUAAAUCUGACAGGCUGCCAGGAGGAGGACUUUAUUAAACGUCACGAAAUCAAACUCAAUGUCCCCGAGAUUAUCAAGUCGCUCCUUGUCGAUGAUUGGGAGAACGUUACCAAGAACGGUACUCUCGUCAAGCUUCCUCGAGAUAUUACCGUGACCAUGUUCCUGAACGACUAUUUCGAAUCUACGGAACCAAGCUAUCCUGCUGGGAGCCAACAGCGACAAUCUUAUGAGGAAAUUAUUCAAGGCCUUAGAGCGUACUUUGACAAAUGCCUCGGAACCAUGUUGCUCUAUCGCUUCGAGCGCGACCAGUACAACGAGAUCAAGAAGGACUAUCCGGAUAAGAACAUGUGCGAUCUAUACGGGACAGAGCAUCUUCUCAGACUCUUUGUUACCAUGCCGGAGCUUAUCGCGCACACCAAUAUGGAUACUCAGGCUGUCAACUCCCUCCGUGAUCACUUGGAUAAUAUAAUGCUGUUUAUCUCGCGAAAUCAUGAGAAGUACAUCCUGUCAGAGUAUGAACAACUGCUCAAAUACUCUCAAUAA